AUGCCUCCAAGAACGAGGCCGAUUGAAAAGUUCGCCCAGGCCGCAGCGCAGUGCUCAACUGAGGUACGCGACUCCCCAGAUCUCUCCCUUGUCUCUGAGGUCCAGCGAAUUAAUUUUGACCCGAAGGCCACUGUGUAUGGGAAAUGCGUUCUCGCCGACUAUAACUCGAUCACAAAAGAUAUGUGCAAGAAAGAGUUUAUAAAGCUAAAGGACUGUUACUUGGCUGCGAUGAAAAAGCUAAAGUAA